AUGCUAGCGGCGGAAAAACAUCGAGAGUCGCACCGCAGGCAAGCUAAAAUCCUGGAGUAUACUCUUCAAACAUUGGUGAUACUCCAGAUCAUAAAUGGGGCCAUCAUCUCCGCGAUAAGCGCAACGCAUUGGGGGGCAGGGGUUCCAACUGUAAUACUUGGAGCAGCGGCGUCAAUACUUGGCGGCAACAAAACACAACAACGGGAGCAACUGGCUUAUUUUGCGCUCGAUACUUUUAUCCGAAAGUGGCAUGACUGGGCUUAUGAUCUUGAUCGUGAUACCAAUAUACGUUGGGAUGAUCGUCGUGAUGAAUUAAACGAGUUCAAUUUCAACUCUGCCUACGAUCAGAUCCAAAGAUAUGAAUUGGACUCGGAAGCCAACUUGGUCAACUUUGCCUAUGCUGUGGCAGCGAAUGCACCAGCAAUUGGUGGCCCUACUUUGCCUAUCGGGCUCGGAGGAAUAGGCGGCUCACCUAUUCUUACACCACCCCGCAAAGCGCCUGUUUCACUACCGGUGACACGAUAG